GGGAUCAGCUUAUCAUGUGAUAGACACGCCUCUGCUCGUGUUAUAUCAAAAACGGCGGGAAGCGGAGAUUGGCGAAUAACUCAAGCCUAGCCAUAAAUCGACUGAGGUUCUCUCUGUGGGGAUAUUUCAUCGGAAAAGUAAAUUUUGCAAAAUCUUUAGCAGUGUUAGUCAAGAAACGAAAAUUUCUUGCCGCGAUUCUCACCCUCCUGUAUUUGUUCUCAGUUUUCUUGGAAAGUUGUCAAGAUGGUGUUUAAUUUAAGCCAGCCAACCAGCAGCAAUAAGCAGACAUUGAUGAAAUACCUGAGUUUGCCACAGCCAGAAACAAAAGUGCAGUGUAUGUACAUAUGGAUUGAUGGAACUGGAGAAGCUCUCCGAGCUAAGACUAAAACUGUCAACUUUAUACCCAAACAUCCUGAUGAACUACCCAUCUGGAACUAUGACGGAUCCAGUACCUAUCAAGCUGAGGGAUCUAAUUCGGACAUUUACCUUCAUCCAGUGGCCAUCUACAGGGACCCAUUUCGAGGUGGCAAUAACAAGCUCGUGCUGUGUGAGACCUACAAGUACAAUCACAAACCUACCGAGUCCAACAAGAGAAAAGCCUGUGUAGAGGCCAUGGAAAGGGCAAAGGAUCAGCAUCCUUGGUUUGGUAUCGAGCAAGAGUAUACCAUUCUUGAUUCUGACAAUCAUCCCUAUGGAUGGCCCAAAAAUGGAUUUCCUGGACCUCAAGGUCCCUACUAUUGUGGUGUAGGAUCCAACAAGGUCUACGGAAGAGAUGUGGUUGAAGCUCACUAUAGGUCGUGUCUUUAUGCUGGAAUCAUGAUUGCAGGUUCCAAUGCGGAAGUUAUGCCAGCCCAGUGGGAAUAUCAGGUUGGACCAUGUGAAGGAGUAACCAUUGGAGACGACUUAUGGAUGUCUAGAUUUAUCCUUCAGAGAGUGGCAGAGGAUUUCAACGUCAUCGUGUCCUUUGAUCCUAAGCCUAUUCCUGGAGAUUGGAAUGGAGCUGGUGCACAUACCAACUUCAGUACUAAAGCAAUGAGAGAAGAAGAUGGGUUAACGGAAAUUGAAAAGGCCAUUGAACUACUGGCUUUAAAUCACACCCGACAUAUAAUGGCUUAUGAUCCUAACGAAGGCAAGGAUAACGCAAGACGUCUAACAGGACAACACGAAACAUCCAGUAUCCACGACUUUUCUGCAGGAGUUGCUAACAGAGGUGCUAGUAUCAGAAUUCCUCGCCAGGUGGCAGAGGAACGCAUGGGAUAUCUCGAAGAUCGCCGGCCAUCUUCUAAUUGCGAUCCUUAUGCUGUGGCAGAAGUUAUGGUUAGAACCAUUUGUUUGGGUUUGUAGUCGUCACAAUUAGGGAAAUAAUUUGAAACUCGUAGCGCUGAGGAAGUGUCUUAAUUUUGUAUCAAAUUAAAAAGAAAAACAAAAAAGACAGAUUUUUUUUUCUGGUUUCUCAAAGGAAAUAAAAUCACUUUAAUGAGGUUUUACGCUAGAAUAAUUGAUGGUGGUGAUGCAAAAGUACAAAACUGGUAAGAAAGCCGAAAGACCAUAGUAUAGGUUAGGAUCUAUAGAAUCUAGUUUAAUUUUGAAUGGGAAGUAAAAACAAACAAUAAAUGUGUUAUAAACAUGAACAGAAAUUAUAGAAUCUUGCUGAAUGAGAACCGAUGUCUUCAGAUUAAGCAAAAGUGCAAUUAAAUACGUGUUAUUUCAUUCUGACAAAAUCACAUCUAAUCAAAACGAGCUUAAUAUAUAACUGAUUAAGAUUAAAAGAAAAA